AUGUCAGGCUCUGAAACCGACAGUGACAAGAAAAUAAAAUCCGAGUCAUCUGACGAAGACACAAUCAAAUCUCAAUCAUCGGGAUCAUCGUUUACGUCACUAAAAUUAAAUAUGGCCAUAACGGCUGAGCGCGCCAAAUUCGACUUGGUGAUACUACUGCUUGAAACCUGCAUCGCCGCUGAAGUGGAAGACACCUUCGUCAAUCCUCCGGUAACCACGCCGUAUAGCUAUUUAAAGGCCGCGUUGAUCAAAUGCUUCGCGAAAUCUGAGGAUGCACGCAUUACGCAGCUCCUUGACAGAGAGAGACUUGGUGAUCGCACUUCGUCGCAACAUUUGUGCCAUUUGCGUUCAUUUGUUCCCGGCAUUGAUGAAGCGAUUAUUAAAGCACGUUGGCUUACACACAUGCGAAACGAAAUUCAAGUUUGUUUAGAAGCUUUCAGCGACGCAACGCUUGACAAGCUUGCCGAGUCAGCCGAUCGUAUGGUCGAGCAUUUAUCGCUCAAACCUCAAGUUGUCGCCGCCACUGCAAAAUCAUCAUCAUCAACCGCCGAUCACGGCGAGAUUGCUGCACUGCGCAGAGAAAUUGCGCAACUCACGAAUCAAGUUAAAAACUUGCAAGUUAAACGCGGCAGAUCCAGAAGUCGAUCACAGUCACGAGUACCGAAGAAGUUUGACUUCUGCUGGUAA